GCAGCCAUGGCGACCUCCACACCAAACAGGAUCAAGCUGCCUGUGAAAGACCCCCGAUUGGAAGAGCUGCUGCUCUGGAGGGACCCCAAGCGCUCUGGGCUGGUGUUUGGCGCCAUCACGGUGGCAUUUGGCAUCCUGCAGUUCGCCAAAAUCAACGCCAUUCAGACCACCGCCUACCUGGUGGCGGCGGCGGUGCUGGGGUGCUUUGUGUGGAACAACGUGGCAAAGAUUGCCCACAAGCCGCCCGUGCCGGUGCCGCGGCUGCUCAAGGAGGGCAUCUCCGAGGGGCAGGCAAAGGCUGUGGCGGAGAAGGCGACCGUGUACAUCAACAAGGGGCUGGCAUUUGCCAACCGGCUGGCCAGCGGCAAGGAGGCGGCGCUGACGGGCGCUGUGGUGGGCGUGCUGUAUUUCGUGGGCAAGCUGGCGGGCAUCUUCUCACUGCUGGGCCUGGCCUACACCGCCGUGCUGGCCGCCUUCACCCUCCCCAAGGUGUAUGAGCUGAAGAAGGACGAGAUUGACGGCAUCAUCGACAAGUGCCGCACUCAGUUUACCGCCGUCUACGACAAGCACCUGCACAAGUACAUCUCCAAGAUCCCACGCCACACCCCCGCCAAGCCUGCUGAGAGCAGCUCGGACAGGAAGGAGGAGUAAAGGGUGGACAGCGAUCGAGCGAGGCUCGUGGGGCAGCACUCGCAGCAGGGUGGCAGCAUGUCUGGCUGCCAGCUGUUAGUAGGCAGUGGGCAGCCUGACUGGGGAUAGCCACGAGCUGCCGCCACCCACCCAUGCAUCCAGAACAGCGUUAUCAAGCUGGAUGCUCACCAAUUUGUCUGUCUUUUGAGCUGCGGUGCUCCAGGCCUGGCUGGCUCUUUGUGUUUCUUUGGCCGGGCUUUCCUUGUACGAUUACGCAUGCAAAUGAACUUUUCCUCCCUUUCCGCUUGCCCCAUUCUUCCUCCCAUCUCUGUCGGCGCCACCUGCACCCUCCCCGUGCUCUCUCUCAGGUUGCACAUCCCAAGAACACCACCUGCUCCCGUUUGUCACCAGGAAUGUUCGCUCCGAGCUUGUCACAGCGCAUGGAUGCAGAGGCCUGGCGGUGCUACCGCGCCGCCCAUGUCAAAAUGAGCGCCCAACAUGCCAUGGGGUGCAAAUGAAUUCAGAGGAGGCAGCGAUCAGAGGAGCAAGCAAACAAAUCAUGCAGAAGGCAGGGGGCUGUGUGGAUGUGCCGCUAGGGAGCGCGGUGCACUCAUCUUCCGCUGCCUCGUCCAGGGGGCGGCCGGUGCGAUUCGGGCACCCAGCGCCGCACUAGCCGCUCAUGCACUGCCACCUUUGCUAGGCAGUUGGGGCUGCUGCGGUCUGAGCCCUGCUCCUGGACAUACAACAGCAGCAGCUUCUUGCUGACCUGCGUGGAGAGGCGGUUGGAGACCUGCACGUCGUGCCAGCCCAGGUCUGGGCGCUGGCCUGGCGCCAGCGGCACGAUCAGCACGGUGUAGUCGGAGUGCGUCAGGGCGGGGUGGCGCUGGUACAGCACAAAGUCGGCGCCGUACUGCAGGCCCGUGCGCGGGAUCCAGCCCUUGCUGCGGAAGUGGUGGUGGGCGAGGUAGAGGAGGAAGAAGUCGUGGCGGAGCUGCUGCAGCCGCUGCCACAGCGCCGUGGUGUCCAGCGCCACGGCAUGCCCCUCCACCACAUCAUGCACCGCCAGUAUGCCCAGCGCGUACGCCAUGAAGAACGCCUCAUCCAGGCUCAGCCGCACCGCCUUGUCCCCC